AUGAUGAUGAAGCUGCUGCUGCUGCUGCUGUCCCUGUGUGUCUCUGUCUCCUGGACUCAGGACGUCCUGGAGUAUGACGACUAUGAUACGGAUGUCAAAGCUUUAUCAAACGGAACGGCGGCGACUGUAGACGCCCGAGGUCACCGUCCGAUAACAGGAGCCAGAGAAACGUACACGGCCAACAAGAACAGCCCUCCUCCAAUCAGCGGAGGCAGCAGGUACCGCGGCCGACCCACUGCAGCGCCGCUCGGAGGCCCCCAGCMGCAGGAGAAAAUAGAGCAACCCGAGGCCGGAGGAUGCACUCACGCUUCAGAGGCCAUGGGGGUCCUGUGUCCCACCGGCUGUGAGCUGAAGAACAUGCUGCUGAAACAAGAGAGGAACGUGAAGUCGGCCGUUCAUCAGCUGAAGCCUGCCAUCGAGGAACUGUCCAGCUCCUCCAACAACAUCUACAACUACGUCCACGGCAUGUCCAACUCUCUGAGGGAGAGACAGAGGGUCUUCACCGACAACAACAGGGUCAUGGGUCAGUACACGGAUCAGGUGGAGGAGCAACACGCCUACAUAAAGGAGACGGUGGACACCGUCUUCCCCUCAAACAUCAGAGUGCUGCAGGGGGUUCUGGACAAGAUCAAGCAGAAGAUCCAGGCCCUGGAGAAGGCCAUUCAGGCCCAGAAGGACCAGUGCAAGGACCCAUGUAUCACCAAGUGUCCCAUCCCCGUGGUCUCUGGUAAGGAGUGUGAGGACAUCUACCGACGAGGAGGACGAGACUCUCAGAUGUAUCUCAUCCACCCGGACACCCUCAGCCCUCCGUACAAAGUCUUCUGUGAUCAGACCAGUAAGAACGGAGGCUGGGUCCUCAUCCAGARCAGACUGGACGGCAGCGUGGACUUCGGCCGGCGUUGGGACGAGUACCGCCGCGGCUUUGGCAACAUCGCCUUCACUUCUGAAAAGGGUUUCUGUGAGACUCCAGGUGAGUACUGGCUGGGAAAUGACCGCAUCAGUCAACUGACCAAGAUGGGCCCCACUGAGGUUCUCAUUGAGAUGCAGGACUGGACUGGGGCCAAGGUGCACGCCCAGUACAACCAGUUCACCAUCCAGUCAGAGACGGCGAAUUACGUGCUGGCCGUUGACGGUUACUCUGGCAAUGCUGGCAACUGUUUCCUGGAAGGAGCUCUGGAGCUUUUUGGCGUGAAUCGUACCAUGACCAUACACAACGGCAUGAUGUUCAGCACGUAUGACMGAGACAACGACAACUGGACCCCUGGUGACCCCUCGAAGCAGUGCUCCAGGGAGGAUGGCGGCGGCUGGUGGUACAACCGCUGCCACUCAGCCAACCCAAACGGGCGGUACUACAUGGGCGGCAGCUACACACGAAAGAUGGCGAAACACGGCACGGACGACGGCGUGGUGUGGAUGAACUGGAAGGGUAGCUGGUACUCUCUGAAGGCCAUCAGCAUGAAGAUCAGACCUUACAUCGCCUCCAGAUAAUCGUACGGAGGGGUCGGCACGUGCAACGCAAACAGGAAGCUGUCAAAAUAAAAGUUUCAGAUUAAUGGCAUGGCAGAUCACUCUGUUUGUAGAUGGACACAAACACGUUUACACUCAAUAAAUUUGGGACAAAAAAGUUUAAAAGCAGUUUUAUAUAUUUAAUAAAAGUUCAGUUCAGCUGGGAGUAAAUAUGUUGUGAUUCAUCUUGUUGUUGUGUUUGACUUCAGUCAGGRUUAGUUUUUAAACUGUCCUCUGCUACUCAAUAAAAAUAUUGAGGAACCUUCA